CUGUCUAUUCAGGUGUUAAAGAUCAAUCUUAUUGGACACAGAAAACGGAUCCUUGCCUCGUUGGGAGACCGACUUCACGAAGACACUCCUCAAAAACCUCCACGGGCAAUCUCCUUACGGGAGCCCGGGGGAAACCACACUCCUCCCCAGCUCAGCCCUUCAGUAGGCCAGGCAGCGUACACUGUGGGGGUCCCCGGUGGAUCUCUGGACGUGCAGCACCUCAUCAUGCAGGCAGACGCCCGGCGCAGGCAGCGCAGCAACGACAACUACUUUGAAGACGUGCCGAGAUCCAAGCUGGAGCGACAGAUGGCUCAAGUCAGCAUGGCAGGCGAAUGGUGUGAGCCAAUAACGUUGCGUCCACCGAACGAAGCGACCUCUUCCACCCCUGUGCAAUACUGGCAGCAUCACCCGGAGAAGCUCAUUUUUCAGUCCUGUGACUACGAAGCCUACUACCUGGGCUCCAUGCUGGUGAAGGAGCUGAGAGGGACGGAGUCCACACAGGAUGCCUGUGCCAAGAUGAGGGUAAAGCUCACCAACACACUCCACUUUUCAUCUUCAUCCAAUGUCAACCUUAAGUCGACAGAACAGAUGAAGAAAGUACCAACCAUCAUCCUCUCUGUGUCGUACAAAGGAGUGAAGUUUAUCGAUGCCACAAAUAAGAAUAUCAUUGCAGAGCAUGAGAUUCGUAACAUCUCGUGUGCAGCUCAGGAUCCGGAAGAUCUGUCGACAUUUGCAUACAUCACCAAAGACCUCAAAUCCAGUCACCACUACUGUCAUGUCUUCACUGCUUUUGAUGUGAAUCUGGCCUACGAGAUCAUCCUGACACUCGGACAGGCCUUCGAGGUGGCCUACCAGCUGGCCCUGCAGGCUAGGAAGAGUGGCCAUGGAUCAUCCACACUUCCAGAAAGCUUUGACAGCAAGCCCAGCAAACCUGUCCCCAAACCACGUGUCAACAUUCGUAAAUCAAUGGAGCAGCCAUCUAUGGACCAGAAGGGUCACGCCAAUGUACCAUGGAUUGUGGAGCCAGGUCAGGAGGCCAAGAGAGGAGUCAACACCAAGUACGAGACCACUAUUUUCUAA